AUGCCUAAGCCAGAAAUCGUCUUUGUCACAGGAAAUGCCAACAAGCUCAGAGAAGUGAGCAUGAUUCUCGGUGGGGACGCAUCUCCCUUCACACUUGUGAACGAACCAUUAGAUUUAGAAGAACUUCAAGGUGCCGAUCUGCAAGAAAUUGCCCUUGCUAAAUUGCAACAAGCGGUCCACGCAUUGGGGCCCGGUAGACCAGUGUUCGUCGAGGAUACUGCACUCUCAUUCGACGAAUUCAAUGGGUUGCCAGGUGCGUACAUCAAAUGGUUCAUCAAAUCGAUGGGGCUUGCCAAAGUCGUGAAAAUGCUCGAUUCAUUCGAGAAUAAAGGCGCAUACGCGAUCACUACGAUCGCAUACGCUGACUCUAAGGGCCAAUUACACGUAUUCCAAGGUAAGACUCACGGAACCAUCGUUGACAGUAGAGGUCACACCAAUUUCGGUUGGGAUUCCAUCUUCCAACCGGAUGAAUCACAAAACAACGAAACGUAUGCCGAAAUGGCUAAAGAAGACAAGAACAAAAUCUCUCAGCGUGGCAGAGCAUUCGCCCAAUUGAAAGAAUAUCUAUACAACACUGGUAUAUAA